AUGGCGACGGCUGCGGUCACCCAGGCCAAGAACUCUGACUCACGGCGUGGGGGUUUUUCCCCGGCCCAAUGGGUCCUGGGGAGGCAGACCAGACUUCCGGCAACCCUCUGUGAUGAUGAUGAGGUCGGCAGACUUGGUGCACAAGCUUUGGCGGCCACGCCUGGAACAAAGAUGUUUCGGAAGACUCAGUUGAGGAUGGCGGCAAGGGAGGCCUUUGCACAGGCUUCCAAUUCGGACGCCCUUAGAAGAGCCGAGCUGCGGAAGAUCCGCCCCAGCCGGGGCCCUUUUCCCAUUGGCUCCUAUGUCUUCUACUUCGAUGCUGCGGAGAAAGAACCUGGGCCAAAUUGCUGGCGAGGCAUUGCCCGAGUCGUGGGUCGAGAAGGAUCCAGAACGAUUUGGGUGUCACACCGUGGCAUUCUCAUAGCAGUGAGCCCGGAGCACUUGUCGCGAGCUUACGAUCCAGAGGUUGAAUCCUGGAUGGCCGUGAACCAGGAGUUGGAGUUGGUGGACACGGUCCCCGUGGCCGGGGGCACUGGCUUCAUCGACUUGCGGAAGGCACCGCUCCCUGAACUUCCGGAUCUGCCCGAAGGAGACCUACAGCUCCCACAAGGUGACGACCGGGAAGAUCCAGAACAGCUGCCUGACGGUCGAGAGCGAGGAUCCGGGAGCUCGCGUUCUUUGAUGGCCCGGGAGGAGUCCGAAAGGGAUGCGAGCCGUGCCCGGAAGUCAUCCGAAUUCUUUGUCUCGCAGGAGAAGCGGCGAAAGAAGAAGCGCGAGGAGCGUAAGGCCGAGCUAGCAGCCGGAAGUGACAUGAAUCCGAUAGACACUCCUGUCGACCCGGGUGGCGGCGUCGACCUGGACCUAGAGGAGGAGGAGUUCGGCCCAGAGCUCCAUGAUUACCACCAGGCAGCUCCAAGGAGACAGCUGACCCCAGUCGUCGAAGAUCCGGCAGCGGAGGCGGCAGAGCGGGAAGCAAAGUGGCUAAAGGUGUCCUCGUCAGCCGACUAUGCCGAGACCUUCAGCGCCUCCCUGGCAGCAGAGUCGGACGACUAUGUGACCAACAAGGCGGCCGAGCACUAUGAGAGGCACGAGUUUGCGUACCAGACGCUUGGCAUAGACCGGUCCGAUUUCCUCUUUGGAGUGCGGCGAAAUGUCUUCUCGGACAAGUACGAGGCUUUGGCUGCACAAGGGCAAGCAAGUGGCGAGGCGGUCAAGAAGAAGGCGCGUAAGGAGAUCAAGUUGGCCGAGCUGGGCCAGGAGACCCAGCGACUCUUCACCGCCCCUGGAGGUUCCGACGAACGAGAGUGGGGAGCUUGGAAGAGCAAGGAGGCUUGCGAGGUGCUGAGUCUCCGGGAGAGCCAACGCAUCCGACAGGAGAAGCCCGACUUGGGGUUCAAAGACAAGUCCCUGGGUUACUACAGGAGAGAUGCCCCAACAGCUUCGGCGGUAGCCGAGAGCGUCUGCCUCGCUGUUUGUGCAAGCUUCAAGUUCACGCUUUUGGCAAAGGACAUCAAGAAUGCUUACUUUAGUGGCAAGAACGUUGGCAGAGAAAUUUACCUCGACCAACCUCGAGGUGGCUUGCCAGGAUUGGAGAAGGGACAACUUCUUCGAGCCAAGAAGGCAAUCUACGGAUUUGCCGAGGCGGCCCGCCUCUUUUGGCUGGCCUUGAAGGAGCACCUCGAGAGCGAUGGCUGGCAAGAAUCCAAGUUGGAACCCGCUUUAUUUUAUCUUCGCAAAGCCAAUCGUUUGCUGGGAAUCCUCAUAACCCAUGUAGACGAUCUUGAGGGCGGUGUGGUUCCCAACCUGUUGGAUUCCGCCUUUCAGAGGUCCGCCCUGGCUUUAGAGUUCGCGACCAACCAUGUUCAUGAGUUUAUCUUCCGUGGUCGUGAGGUCAAGCAGCACCCCGGCAGUGGUCACGUGGACGUCACCAUGAAGAACUACGCCUUGAGCAUGAAGCCGGUCCGAAUGGAUAGCAUCCGACGCAAGCAGCUGAUGUCGGAGCUGGAGCCGGAGGAGAAGGAAAGGUUCCAGAGUCAUGCUGGCGAAUUGGGGUGGCUUGCCCGUCAGUUACACUGUGACUUGGCGUACGAGAACGGCGUCAUCCAGCGAUGCAAGGCCGACGUCUGCGUGGCAGAUAUGCUGAAGUUAAAACAGUAUAUCGGACAAGCCCGAAGAGGUGCAGAUUUUCGGAUGCGCUUUUGGGGAGAUGUGGACUUGCACGAGGCUGUCAUAGUCCACUUAGCCGAUUCCGGCCACGCCAAUGGCACGCCCGACCAUAAGGAAGAGAUGAAGUACAAGAGCGUUGGUGGAUACUUCAUCAUGGCCGCGAACCCGCAGAUUUUGGAUGGAGCCGAGGUCCGUGCCAACAUCCUGGCGUUCCACUCUUCGCAGACGAAGCGAGUCUGCCGUUCGACUUUGGCAGCGGAAGCUAGCCACUUGGCGGAAUCUGUUGAGGCCGGCGACUGGAUCAUCGUCUUGUUGGAGGAAGCUUUGACUGGUGAGGUGGAUCUUCGCGGAUGGCCAGCUGUCAUCGAGAAGCGCAAGAGAGUGUAUGUUACCGACGCCAAGUCGGUGUACGACUACCUGCAGCGCGAUGCCACAAGUACUUCAAGCGACAAGAGGAUGGCGAUAGAGGGGGCCCUCCUUCGUGAAACGGUCCGAAAGGAUAACGCUUUCACGAGAUGGAUCGACGGCCAGCAGAACAUCGCCAAUGUCCUGACAAAGGCCAAUGCCGAGAAGGAUACCCUUCGCACCUUCCUGCGGACGGGGCUACUGAGCCUAACUCAGACGGAAGCCAACCAGAAGCUCAAGGAGAAGAAGCAGCUGGAAAGGCAGAGCCGUCGGAGAGCAAAGCACGAGAACCAGCAGGGCAAGGAGGCAGCUUCGAAGGAGAGACGAGCGAAAGCAGCAGCUGAAGUG